GCUUUGUCUAUCCCAAUUAAGUCUCCACCACCUCAAUGACUUCAUCUAUCCACUGACAAACCCCUAAAACCACAUUUUCCUCCUCCUCAUCUCUUCUAACCCAUUUUAUCUGGGAGGUCUAAUGGCAUUGGUAUCCUCCCUCUCCAAACCAGGCCAGGCAAGGAAGCUCGGCGAGCUUCUCCAAGAGCAACAAGAACCUUUUCAGCUAGAAGAAUACCUUUCUGAAAGAGGGUAUCUGAAGAGAAUCUCGAUUUCAGAAACCAGUAGACAUCAUUGCUGCCCUCUCAAUUCACGUACGCAUUCUAAGAAUUUGGGCAGUUGUGGUUUAGAACUAGAGAGAAGGAAAGGGAUUUUCCACUAUCCGAAGGUGCUGAAGCUAGUAUUCAGCAAACUUGUUUUUGUCGGUGACAACCGGAAAUUAUCAAAUUGCGAUCGCAGAGCUUCUGAAGAUGGAGGCGUUAAUGUCUCUGCGAUGGGAGGCGCAAAUACCCAACAAGCUAAACAACUUGAUAGGUUUUCAUCUGCCAGCAGCAUCACAUUAUUUGAUUCCUGUUCUGAAAGCGAUGCAGAAGAGUCUCUGUCCUCUCAAAGAAAGAACAUUUCAUCUUGUCCUGCAGAAACUUUCAGAGCUUUUAAGACUUACAAUCUGAAAGAAGAACAAGAGGCUUAUACGGAUGAUAAACUUCAAUGGGGAUGCGUCGUUGAAGAUGGAAAACAACUCAGUCCGGUGUCAGUAUUAGAAGAAGAAUCCUGUGAUAGAGGUUCCCCACUCCAAAACCAGAAGAACACUUGUUUUUGUUGUUCAUCAAACAACAAAACAGUGCAGUGCUGCCCCAAAGCAAGAAGCAAAAAGGAUACGAGCUUUAAUCUAUCAAAGAAAGUUACAGAAGAAUCCAUAGUCUCAGCUUCUCUAUUGGAAUUACUUGUACAAUCACUGAAGGAAAAAUACGGCUCCACUGGAUAUGCAGCAAUUCAUGAGCUUAGUGGGUCUGGUUCUUCCCAAUACUUGAAGACAAAAAGGGUGUUGCAGCAAACAAGACAGCUUCUUUUUGACUGCAUAAGGGAGACAAUAGAGACUCAUGGAAGGAAGGUAAGAAGGCAUCAGGGUGAUCAUGAAUUCUUAGGGACCGAGGAGAUUGGGAAGAUUAUCUGUGAGCGGAUUUACUCAUGGGGUAAACAAUCUGUAGACGAAACAAACAUAACCGAACUGAUACGUUCUGAUUUUUCAUACUCAACAGAAGGGUGGAGUGAAUUCCAGCCACAGAUAAAAAAUGAGAUAGCGAUGGAGAUAGGAGAUGCCAUCUUCGAAGAGAUGAGGAAUGAGAUUAUUACAGACAUGAUUGGCUUAUAUAUAUAUAUCUUUGCGCUAAUUAGUAAAUAAUUCAUUCACACUCUUCUCUUUUUACUUGCCCCCUCAUCUUUCAAUGUUGCUAGUCUUUAGGAGUGCUUAGAUACCAGCUGGGGCUGGUGAAGUGAGACCAGCCAUUUCAUUUAAGUUUUCAUAGCGCGCGUUUGAAUUUGAAAUCUUGAAAGCUUAUGUACAUGCAGCGGAGU